UGAUGAGAGUUGAGGAGCUGUGUGGAUUUGUAGUUUUCUGUUUUGCUCCCAACAACAGAUAACAGUCUGUGUCACUAAAUUGACCACCAACCUGAAUGUGUUUGUGGGAACAUGAAUGUUUUGAGUCUUUGUGCAUGAUGUGAAGCAGAUUUAGUGGAUCUGCCGUCAGCUUUAAAUCCAGAGCAUGAAAGCACACAGCAGCUUGAGCUGAGCUGUCAGUCAGCAGCAGCAGCCUUAUCUGUGGGCCGCUAACAGGGGCUGAUGGGAGCUUUGAGGAGCUGUUAGAAAGCACGUGGCCUGCUCUGCUCUCACAGCUCGUCCUUGUUUGGCCUCAGCUGCAUCACAGCUCCACUUGUGCUCAGCUUCUCCAGAGGAAACACCACUGCACAAGAUGCUUCUCCUCCCAGCUGCUGCUCUGUGCUGUCUGUGUUCAGCACUGGUUGCCAUGGCAGCACAGCCGAUUCAGGACGAUCUGACUUUGACCAGGAGAGUCGGAGAAUCAGCUUCCUUCAGCUGUCGACAAAUUAAUCAGUGUGAUACCAAUUAUGUUUUCUGGUACCAAAAGAAAGAGACAGCAACAUUCAGAGUUAUUCUUGAAAUUGAUCGGAGGAAUGGUAACAUAGCUAAACGUUACAAUCAUCCUCAGAUAGAUGAUUUCUCAUCUGUGAAGAAUCAGAACGACUGGGGAUUGAAGAUAGAGAAAGUUAAACUCCAACAUUCAUCCACCUACUACUGCAACUGUUUGAUAAGAAACUUCUAUACCUUUGGCUCUGGAACUAAACUGUAUGUAACAGGUGAGCAGGUAGUGAAGCCCGUGGUGAGCGUGUACCCAGCAGCAUCCAGAGUCCACCUGGAGGGGAGCAGCUCCCUGCUGUGUCUGGCCUCAGCCAUGUUUCCUCCUCUGGUCCGCUUCUCCUGGAAGAAGGACGGCCAGCCGGUGAAGCUGUCCUCUACUGAGGCAGAGCAGCUGGAGAUCAGAGAGCCGGGACGCAGCGCCUCCAUCUUGCUGAUCCAUCAGCAACAGGACAGCACAUAUAAAUACAGCUGCUACGUCCAGCACGAGGGGGGACCAGUGGAGGCCCAGACACAACAAGUUUCAGAGCUUCCUGAGCUUCAACAACCAACAGAUUCUCCAACAACCUCUGUUCCUUCAGAGAGAGAUCCAACAACCUCUGUUCUUUCUGAGAGAGAUCCAGCAGCCUCCGUUCCUUCUGAGUCUCAGGUGAAUCUGCUCUGUCUGCUGUCCACAGUGCUGAUAGUGAAGAGUCUGGUGUUCUGCUGUGGACUCUCUCUGCUGAUGAUCCUCACAAACAAGGGACCGUCCACCAACUGCACACAUGCUGACUGACUGUUUGCUGCUGGACUUUUCUCACCGUCACAUCUCAUCAAUACGUCUCAUUGAUCUCUUUGAUCAGUGAUCACAAAUGAUAGCUUUGACGUGUUCUUGGCUGUGAAAUGCUUCUCUUAACUCACAUGUUUGAUGGUCAUCCUGUAAACACAGAUAUUCACAAAUAUUUUUUCAAAUGUAUUUUUUUUAAUUCUGCAGGACAGUGUUGCUUUGAUAUUCUGAUUGUAUAAUCUCUUACAUUUUAUGUAAA